AAAGACAGGGCAGGCGCGUCGAAGAAUCAAAACAAGACAGAGCACGCAUCUUUACUUUAUCUCUCUACCACUCUCGUCGCUGUCGCACCAUGCGCGUCCAUGUCUACUGCUGAGUUUCGCAUUUAAUCCACGAUCGAUACACCAUGGCGCCAGUCGACACCGACGCUGCUACGCGCAGCAACUCGCUCCCCAUCGCCCUCUUCGGCGGCCAGAUACUACUCGUGAGCGGCCUCACUGCACACGUGCUGCUCACGGCCCGACGCGCCGCCAAAUCGUUACCUCCAUCGACAAGAACGCGGUCGCAGGACCCAGCGCGCCGUCGCUAUGCCAUCACUUUCUCCAUCCUCGCCUUCCUCUCGCUAGCUUCUGUCACGACCUUUGCCAUUCUGUGGCGCGCCGUAUCGUACGUACGUUGGGCUGAACAUGGCAAUCAUUGGACGGCAGGCAGCCUGUGGAACGGCUGGUACGGCACUGGCGAUGAUGGGCGCUGGCACCUGGGGGACUGGAUCACCGACAUCGAUCUGUUGCGCGAGUCGGAUGCGGUUGCGAUCAUGAAACCUGAAGGGUUCUUGUACACCAGCCAGUAUUUCGUUGGACUACUAGCGAGCUCCAUCUUCAUGGGCGUGGAAGGACAUAGACGCAACCUUUCCACCGUGACAGUUGCUUCUUUCGUACUUCUGAGCUCUCUAGGAAGCCUUGGAUACGCAUUGAGCUUGUUCUUUGUUACCAUUCUCUACACGCCCAUCUCACAGCAAAGAGAUGGCAAGCCUUUACACGACACCCUGUUUACUCCCUUGCCCAUAGUUUACGACUUGGGAAUCAUUAUAUCAGUUCUCUCGCUCAAUCUGCUUCCUGAGCUAGUCGCAGAAUUUGGCGAUGUUCGUGUGAUGCGGUUGGGUUAUCUUAUAAUGCCCCUUUUCUUUGCAUUCGCUCCAAAGAUUGUACCCGUUAGCCUAGGCCGUCAACAUACAUCGAAAGCAGCCGCCCAUCGAUCUUACGCGAAAGUGUUUUACGCUCUGUCAAUAGGUUCUUUCUUACUCUACUGGAGAAUCUUCAUCUCCAAUAUAUACGUGAAUACGCCUCGCGAUCACUCCCAUGUAUGGGAAGUCUUCACCAAUUCCAUCAGCAAAAGCAAUGCGUCGAAGCCCAACAGGCUACUUUCGGGCAUUAGUAUUACUGCCCAAAAGCUGAAGCAUAUCAGCAAGCACCCAGCUAUUAGCGUCACCAGCCUCGAUGUCCUCUUUACCAUCAUUAGUCUUCUGGCGUGGACCUUCACCCGCGACCUGGAUGUGGACGCGAUUUUGGAGAACAGUAUUCUGUCGUUCCUGGCUCCGAAGCACGAGAAGCACGUGGCUUUCGAAGAUGAAUUAGCCAGAGUGCAGGAGCACUUUCCCGAACCCGUUGAAGCCGACCCAGUCACCCCGAAGAAGCGCGGACGUCCUUCCAAGAAGACCGCACCUGUCAACGGCACUUCCACAGCACCAGCAGCCUCGGGCGGGUCCACCCGGCGCAGCACGAGGACGAAGCCGCGGACUGUCGAUCUUGACUCUGACGCCGAGUCGAUCCCUUCUGGCAGAAGAACUCGCAGCGCCGAGUAUGAGUCGGAUGGAGACUCGACUUAUCAACCUAGUGAGAAGACGAAACUUGCUGUCGCAAACACAGAAGCUGAUGGAGCUACUGUGGUUGGAGAUAUUGCGCAUGCUGGGGAAUCGACCGCACUCGCAUUGUUCCUCGCGUUUGCUGGCGGACUGGGUCAGCUGGCUGCUGGUGCUCUCGGUGCGGAGGUGAGCGGCCCGCUAGAGUGAUUAAGACUGUAUGGAAAUUAGAAACCCGAUGGCUGUACGGGGUUUGGCCGGACGGGAGGGGGAAAUGGAUGUGGAACGUCAUGCGCGAUACUUUUUUUUUACUAUGCGGUACGGAUUUGUCUGAAGGGUUGCCAUUUCAUAUUCGGGUCGCGUGACAUGUAGGAUAUUCUCGCAACGACCGGUUGUUUGGUACUUGUAGUCUGCUUUAUCUACUUUAUCCGCUUGGGAGAUUGAUACCCUGGGGUCUGGAGCCGAGGGGAGUGAGGGAUUCUUCGGUAACGAGAGCGUUUGUCCGAUAGCCAAGCUUGAUAUACAGACUCUAUGCAACCUGCGUACGACGCUUUGG